AUGUCAAAGAUUCUUUCACAAAAGAUUAAGGUUGCACUCAUUCAAUUGGCUGGUUCCACGGCUGACAAGAAUGCUAAUCUUCAGAGAGCAACACAUUUGAUCGAAAAGGCUGUCAAGGAUCAACCAGAGACAAAACUUGUUGUAUUGCCUGAAUGCUUCAACUCUCCUUACGCAACGGAUAAAUUCAGAGAAUAUGCAGAAGUGAUUGGGCCUGACUCUCAAUCGUACAAGGUACUAUCUGCGGUGGCGCAAAAGCUCAAGAUCAUACUUGUAGGUGGCUCAAUCCCAGAGCUCGAACCGAAGACAAACAAAAUUUACAAUACUUCGAUGGUUUUCAAUGAAAAUGGUGAAUUGAUUGGAACCCACAAAAAGGCUCACCUGUUCGACAUCGAUAUUCCUAAUGGUAUCACUUUCAAAGAGAGUGACUCAUUGACCGGAGGUGAUAAAGCUACAACUUUGGAUACAACCUAUGGUAAGAUUGGACUUGGAAUCUGCUAUGAUACAAGAUUCCCUGAAUUGGCCAUGAUUAGUGCACGUAAAGGUGCAUUUGCCAUGAUAUACCCUGGUGCUUUCAACACUGUCACUGGACCAAUGCAUUGGAAAUUGCUAGCGAGAUCCAGAGCUAUAGACAAUCAAAUUUACACUUUGUUCUGUUCACCUGCACGUAACUUGGAAAGCACCUAUCACGCAUACGGGCACAGUUUGGUAGUAAACCCACGCGGUGACGUGAUCGCUGAAGCCGGCGAAGGUGAGGAGAUCAUUUACGCCGAUUUGGAUCCUGCUGAUAUUCAAGUGUUCAGACAAGGUGUACCAAUUACCACGCAAAGAAGGUUUGACAUUUACAAAGAUGUAAGCAAAUAA